GAGGAUCAUAGAUGACUAGAGUGACAUAGGAAGAUUUUGGAAACCUGUAAGUAUGGAGGGUGGGUUUCUCUUGCUCUGACAAUACCAUCUAUAUGUAUCUGCUCAGCAUUUAGUCCCAUUAGUCUGAGUGAGGCUUACUUCCAGAUCUAGGCACAGUCCACCAUUAUUGCAGAAUUCCUAUGUAUUUCUGGAUUGAUCCUCUAAUGUCUUCUAUGGGGACUAUUAGCAGAAGACUUUCAAAGCCCAAUGAAGUCCAUCAUCCACCUCUCCUUGUUACUGAUUAGUCUUCAAGUCCGUUGUCAUCACCUCCCAGGACGCCAUGAUUAUAAAGAUGAUCAUGAAGCCGACAUUUCCCCUGAAUAUCAACAUUUGCUUUCGGCAGAAGAACAAGGAGAGAAGUCCACGCGUUAUCGUAAGAUAAUUCCCAGUAAUGGUGACUUUGCGUUCAACUUCUACAGAAAUAUUGCUGCAGAUGCAACAGGCAAAAAUAUAUUUUUCUCUCCGCUCAGCAUCUCCACAGCUUUUUCAUUGUUGGCGUUAGGUGCCAAAUCUGUAACCCAUGAUGAGAUUUACAGAGGACUUGCUUUCAACCUAUUGGAAAUGAAUGAGAAGGAGAUACAUGAAGGAUUCUGCCAGCUCAUCCGUGUGCUUAACCAACCAGAUAACAAAGCACAGGUGAACACAGGCAAUGCCUUGUUCAUAGAAAAGUCUUUGAAAUUCCUGCCUGCGUUUGUGGAGGAUGCUCAAGCCUUGUAUGAAGCUAACGUCUUCCCUACCGACUUCAACGUCUCCAGGGUGGCCAAAAAACAGAUCAAUGACUAUGUGCAGAACAAAACUCAUGGGAAAAUAGCCUAUGCUCUUGAGGAACUUGACCCAUGCACUGUCAUGGUUCUUGUGAACUACAUCUUCUUCAAAGCUUACUGGGAAAACCCUUUUGAUACUCACCUUAUCAGGGAAAGAGACUUCUUCGUAGAUGCGAACACUACCGUGAAAGUCAACCUAAUGCAUCGAAAAGGCUACUACAAGUUUGUUCAUGACGAAGAUCUCUCUUCCUGGAUAGUGGAGCUUCCUUACAAAGGAGAUGCCACCGCCUUCUUCAUUCUGCCAGAUGAAGGAAAAAUGGCACAUGUGGAGAGUGCUUUGAGGAAAGAAAGUCUAAGCAAAUGGACCAAAUCUUUUUUGCAUGAGACUAUACGUCUCUUCAUCCCCAAAUUUUCAAUUUCUGCAUCAUAUGAUGUCAAAGACUUGUUGCAAAAAAUGGGCAUUACUGCCGUCUUUAAUGACACUGCCGAUCUGUCUAGAAUUACUGGAGAACUCAACUUGAAGGUUUCUAAAGUUAUUCACAAGGCUCUACUGGAUAUUAAUGAAAGUGGCACGGAGGCAGCAGCUGUUACCACUAUAGAGUUUAUGCUUCGUUCUGCUCCAUCUUACCCUCUACAUACCAUCCGAUUUGACAGACCCUUCCUGAUUAUGAUUGUUCAUCAGGAAACAAGCAGCAUCCUCUUCAUAGCGAAAAUUGUGAACCCAAAGAAAGGAUGAGGGUUAGAAGGAAAAUGGCAGCUCAUUUGGGUGGCUUUAAAAAUGGGCUUCUUACAUACUUUGCAAUUUAACUCACCUCGCCCUAAUAGGGCUAUAACCAUUUGUUUUAUGGAAGAAUGGGCAAGGCAAUGGGAACAAAGCAUUUUUAUAAUAAAAAAAGAUUUUUAAAUCUCAAA